CACAUAGUACGACAAUACAGUCGAUUUAAACAGUAUAUCAUAACAGUCGAGUAUUAAACCUAUAUGAUAUAACACUAGUAACAUGAUUAAUAUCAAGAUUAUUCUUUUGCUUAGUCUAACGGCGUAUGUGUGGUGUUCUGGCAAUAACGCAUCUGAAAGAAAAGAUGACAUGAACAGAAACAUCCAUGGUAAAAACAAUAGAAAAGGUAUAAGCGGAUUUUCAAUGCAUAUGGGUAGUGAUGAAAAUGAUGAAAGCGAUGAAAACUACGAAAGCGAAGAUAGCAAUAAAGAUUAUUAUAGGCCUAAACAACAACUAAAACCAAUUGUAUCGCCCCCCAAUUGGGAACACGGCAAUAAUCAAGGAUAUGCCGGCUACAGCUAUAAUAAUAACCAAUCACGAAAAUAUGACUACGGUAAUAGAUAUGCAAACCGUGGAAUGCCAACAAGAACCGAUAACGUAAACAAUACAACAAAUGACGCUGGAAAAAUAAAUCGGGGUCUUAACGUAGACAUGACCGGCGAUAACUUCACAGUCGACAGCAAAAUUGUUUAUGGAUCAUCCGUAAAUUUUACUGAUGAUGGACCCGUUGUCAACGGUGUAUUAUCUCCACAAUAUGGAGCGGGAAAUCGUAAUGGUGGCGUAGAAACGCAACAAGAAGAAGCGAAAGGUUAAGAAAACGGCAUGGUGGGAAUUAAGAUGAAAAUUCAAAAACAUAUUAUAAAUAUGGAUAUUCCACAGUACUCUCGUUAAUAAAAAUACAUUUGUUUUGAACAUUUUUAAAAUAAAGUUAAGCGUCUGUCUUUUCCACAAAUUGAAAAUUCAAAAAUUGUAAACUGAUUAUAUCCCAAUGAAAAAAAAAUGAAAAUAAAA